UCCUUGCCAAAAACACAGCACGUAGAAAUCCACCAUCAAAGAUAGAAGCAAGCUAGGCUCAGAGGGCAAAGAUGGCAACUGUUAGAGUUUCCUGCAGGGGGAAGAAAGAUUACUCACUUAGUGUGAGAGAUGGGAUGGUUGUUCUUGCUAAGGCCGAUCCAACUGACGAGCUCCAGCAUUGGAUAAAGGACUUGAAAUACAGCACGAGGGUGAAGGAUGCUUCGGGCUUACCUAGCUUUUCUCUCAUCAAUAAGGCUACUGGUCUAGCCUUAAAGCAUUCCAUCGGGGAUACCCUCCCUGCUCAACUUAGCCCACACAACCCAUAUGUUCUUGACCAAUCAAUCUUGUGGACGGAGUAUGGGGCAGGCGACGGUUUCAAUGCUAUAAGGAUGGUUAACAACAUCGCCCUGAACUUGGAUGCUUUCAAUGAAGUGAGUGGACCAUCACAUGACAGCACCAUAGUUGGGAUUUGGAAGUGGUCUGGAGGAGAUAACCAGAAGUGGAAGAUUGAUCCUUACUAAUGCAGGAUAU